AAGGAAUCAAUUCUUUGAGGAGAAUCUUUCUCUAUACGAUGUUGUCAAGAUUGUGGACUUUGCAGUGUUAUGAAAGGUAUUCAAGUAUCAAGACUUUUAGGAAACCGUAUAGUAUUUCCAACAAUAAAGCUGCUGCUUUUGUGUUUGAUAUUGAUGGAGUUUUGAUAAGAGGGAAACAAGUACUUGAUCCUGCUAAGAAGGCUCUGUUCGAAUUGUAUAAAAUGUAUAAUAGAAAAAAGUUUCCUAUAGCUUUUCUUACCAACGGAGGAGGGUGUACCGAGACAGAGAAAGCAAGGUCGGGACAGUCUGAUGGGCAACCUUUUUUUAAAACAGUGCUGAUGAGGAAUAGGCAGCUUUCUGAGUGGUUCAAUCUGCCUAUCCAAAAUGAUCAAAUUGUUUUGAGCCAUACUCCUCUGAGAGAGCUUUCUGCAAAGUAUAACGAAAAGGAUUGGGCGGUCGUUUGUGUGGGAAGAGGGCAUCCAGACUUUGUUGCUUCUAGUUAUGGCUUUCGUAAUGUUAUUCCCAUUGAGGAGAUUGGGAGACUUGAACCUAGUGCUACUCCUUUUUGUGACUAUGAAAAAGUUUCCAAAAGGACUAACUGGGACCAACAAGCCUUGUAUAAACCAAUAGGGGGUAUUCUGGUAACUUGUUUUUUGUCUUGCUGUUCCAAGUACAACUAUUUCCUAUGUGCGUAUAGGUUAUGUCCGAUUCAACCGAUUGGGGUCGAGAUAUCCAAAUUAUUUGUGAUAUUUUGCAAUCGAAUAGUCGUGUUGUAUUUUCGACACAAGAAGAGGUUCAAGUUUAUUUCACCAAUCCAGAUUUUAUAUGGGCUAAUGAGUUUCCUUUUCCUCGGUGCGUUUCGGUUAGCUUUAGAGAAAAUAUAUCAGGAACUAGUCGGAAAACCUCUUCCAUAUAUUCAAUAUGGUAAACCUUGUGCUGUACAAUAUCGUUUUAUGGAAGAUUUGUUAAGGAAACAGGCUAUUUCGCAAGGUUACACAGAUUUGGAAGUUAUUUAUGCGAUUGGCGAUAAUCCUGCCGCUGAUAUUCGAGGUGCUAGAAAUGCUGGGAAACCGUGGAUUCCAAUAUUAGUCAAAACAGGUUGCUUUUCUACAAAUGACGGGGAUAACGAUCCAAACGACCCUGCAGACUAUGUAUUCCAAGAUGUGAAUGAAGCCAUAUCGACUUUGGUUCAAAAACUAUCUUCUUCUUGAUAAUAAAAUACUUCAAGUUUUUUGUCUUCAUUCCUGACGUUCUCUAUAGUGUUCGAGCUGCUUCAAAAGUUGUGACA